GGAAGAGCCGUUGGGAAGGGGCGCGCGGCGCCCUGAGGAGAAAAGGGCGGGAAGGGAGCUGCGGCGCCGCGCGUGAGGUGGGAGCAAAGAGAAGGAAAGCGAGGAUGCGAAACAGCCUGCCGAGUUCUGGGAAUCAGCCCAGGAGCAGAGACCUGUCGUCGCCACUGUCCCCUGAGCCAGCAGCUACAGCGCCGCCAUGGCUGAUGCGGAGAUGGCCGAGUUCGGGGCGGCCGCCCCGUUCCUGCGCAAGUCCGAGCGGGAGCGGCUGGCGGCCCAGACGCGGCCCUUCGACCUCAAGAAGGACAUCUUCGUCCCCGACGAGCAGCAGGAGUUCGUCAAGGCCACCAUCAUCGCCCGCGACGGCGCCAAGGUCACCGCCGAGACCGAGCAUGGCAAGACGGUGACUGUCCGGGAGGACCAGAUCAUGCAGCAGAACCCGCCCAAGUUCGACAAGAUCGAGGACAUGGCCAUGCUCACCUUCCUCCACGAGCCUGCCGUCCUCUACAACCUCAAGGACCGCUACUCUUCCUGGAUGAUCUACACCUACUCGGGGCUGUUCUGCGUGACGGUCAACCCCUACAAGUGGCUGCCCGUCUACAACGCCGAGGUGGUGGCCGCCUACCGGGGCAAGAAACGGAGCGAAGCUCCUCCCCACAUCUUCUCCAUCUCCGACAACGCCUACCAGAACAUGCUCACCGACCGGGAGAACCAGUCCAUCCUCAUCACCGGAGAAUCCGGGGCGGGGAAGACGGUGAACACCAAGCGGGUCAUCCAGUACUUCGCCGUCAUCGCCGCCAUCGGCGACCGCGGCAAGAAGGAGACGGGGACCCCGGGCAAGGGCACCCUGGAGGAUCAAAUCAUCCAGGCCAACCCGGCCUUGGAGGCCUUCGGCAACGCCAAGACCGUCCGCAACGACAACUCGUCCCGAUUCGGCAAGUUCAUCCGGAUCCACUUCGGGGCCACCGGGAAGCUGGCGUCGGCCGACAUCGAGACCUACCUCCUGGAGAAGUCCCGGGUCAUCUUCCAGCUCAAGGCUGAGAGGAACUACCACAUCUACUACCAGAUCCUGUCCAACAAGAAGCCGGAGCUGCUCGACAUGAUGCUGGUGACCAACAACCCCUACGACUACGCCUUCAUCUCCCAAGGGGAGACCACGGUGCCGUCCAUCGACGAUGGGGAGGAGCUGCUGGCCACAGACAACGCUUUCGACGUGCUGGGCUUCACCUCGGAGGAGAAGAGCUCCAUCUACAAGCUGACGGGCGCCAUCAUGCACUUCGGCAACAUGAAGUUCAAGCAGAAGCAGCGGGAGGAGCAGGCGGAGCCCGACGGCACCGAAGAAGCGGACAAGUCGGCCUACCUGAUGGGGCUGAACUCGGCCGACCUCCUCAAGGGGCUCUGCCACCCCCGGGUCAAGGUGGGCAACGAGUACGUCACCAAGGGGCAGAAUGUCCAGCAGGUGAUCUACGCCGUGGGGGCCUUGGCCAAGGCCGUCUACGAGAAGAUGUUCAACUGGAUGGUGACCAGGAUCAACAACACCUUGGAGACCAAGCAGCCGCGCCAGUACUUCAUCGGCGUGCUGGACAUCGCCGGCUUCGAGAUCUUCGACUUCAACAGCUUCGAGCAGCUCUGCAUCAACUUCACCAAUGAGAAGCUGCAGCAGUUCUUCAACCACCACAUGUUCGUGCUGGAGCAGGAGGAGUACAAGAAGGAGGGCAUCGAGUGGGAGUUCAUCGACUUCGGCAUGGACCUCCAGGCCUGCAUCGACCUCAUCGAGAAGCCCAUGGGGAUCAUGUCCAUCCUGGAGGAGGAGUGCAUGUUCCCCAAGGCCACGGACAUGACCUUCAAGGCCAAGCUCUUCGACAACCACCUGGGCAAGUCGGCCAACUUCGGGAAGCCGCGCAACAUCAAGGGCAAGCCCGAGGCCCACUUCGCCCUCAUCCACUACGCCGGCACGGUGGACUACAACAUCCUCGGCUGGCUGCAGAAGAACAAGGACCCCCUCAACGAGACGGUGGUGGGCCUCUACCAGAAGUCGGCCCUCAAGCUGCUGGCCCACCUCUUCGCCAACUACGCCGGGGCCGAUGCGCCGGUGGAGAAGGGGAAGGGCUCCAAGAAGAAGGGUUCCUCCUUCCAGACGGUCUCGGCCCUGCACCGGGAGAACCUCAACAAGCUGAUGACCAACCUGCGCUCCACCCACCCCCACUUCGUCCGCUGCAUCAUCCCAAAUGAGACCAAGUCUCCGGGUGAGCUGCUCCCCAUGGCAGGGCGGGGCUUGGGGGGGGCGGCAGGGCCGCCGGCGGCCCCAUGGCUGACCCCACCGCCCCCCGACCCAGGGGUGAUGGACAACCCGCUGGUGAUGCACCAGCUCCGCUGCAACGGGGUGCUCGAGGGCAUCCGCAUCUGCCGCAAGGGCUUCCCCAACCGCAUCCUCUAUGGGGACUUCCGCCAGCGCUACCGCAUCCUGAACCCUGCCGCCAUCCCUGAGGGGCAGUUCAUCGACAGCCGCAAGGGCGCCGAGAAGCUCCUGGGCUCCCUCGACAUCGACCACAACCAGUACAAGUUUGGGCACACCAAGGUCUUCUUCAAGGCCGGGCUGCUGGGGCUGCUGGAGGAGAUGCGGGACGAGCGCCUGGCCCGGAUCAUGACCCGCUUGCAAGCCCAGGUCCGGGGCUUCCUCUCCCGGCAGGAGUUCAAGAAGAUCCUGGAGCGCCGGGACGCGCUGCUGGUGAUCCAGUGGAACGUCCGGGCCUUCAUGGGCGUGAAGAACUGGCCCUGGAUGAAGCUCUACUUCAAGAUCAAGCCCCUGCUGAAGAGCGCCGAGACGGAGAAGGAGAUGCAGACCAUGAAGGAGGAGUUCGGGCGGCUGAAGGAAGCCCUGGAGAAGUCGGAGACGCGUCGGAAGGAGCUGGAGGAGAAGAUGGUCUCCAUGCUGCAGGAGAAGAACGACCUGCAGCUGCAAGUGCAGGCGGAGCAAGACAACCUCGCCGACGCCGAGGAGCGCUGCGACCAGCUGAUCAAGAACAAGAUCCAGCUGGAGGCCAAGGUGAAGGAGCUCACGGAGCGCCUGGAGGACGAGGAGGAGAUGAACGCCGAGCUCACGGCCAAGAAGAGGAAGCUGGAGGACGAGUGCUCGGAGCUCAAGAAGGACAUCGACGACCUGGAGUUGUCUUUGGCCAAGGUGGAGAAGGAGAAACAUGCCACGGAGAACAAGGUCAAGAACCUCACAGAGGAGAUGGCCGGGCUGGACGAGAUCAUCGCCAAGCUGACAAAGGAGAAGAAGGCCCUGCAAGAGGCUCACCAGCAAGCGCUGGACGACCUGCAGGCAGAAGAAGACAAGGUCAACACCUUGACCAAGGCCAAAGUGAAGCUGGAGCAGCAAGUGGACGAUCUGGAGAGCUCGCUGGAGCAGGAGAAGAAGAUCCGGAUGGACCUGGAACGGGCCAAGCGGAAGCUGGAAGGCGACCUGAAGCUGGCGCAGGAGAGCAUCAUGGACCUGGAGAACGACAAGCAGCAGCUGGACGAGAGGCUGAAAAAGAAAGACUUUGAGCUCAACGCCCUCAACGCCAGAAUCGAGGACGAGCAAGCAAUUGCCGCCCAGCUCCAGAAGAAGCUCAAAGAGCUUCAGGCACGGAUCGAGGAGCUGGAGGAGGAGCUGGAGGCGGAGCGCACGGGGCGGGCCAAGGUGGAGAAGCUGCGCUCGGAGCUGUCGCGGGAGCUGGAGGAGCUCAGCGAGCGGCUGGAGGAGGCCGGCGGCGCCACCUCGGUGCAGAUCGAGCUCAACAAGAAGCGGGAGGCCGAGUUCCAGAAGAUGCGGCGCGACCUGGAGGAGGCGACGCUGCAGCACGAGGCCACGGCCGCCGCGCUGCGCAAGAAGCACGCCGACAGCGUGGCCGAGCUGGGCGAGCAGAUCGACAACCUGCAGCGCGUCAAGCAGAAGCUGGAGAAGGAGAAGAGCGAGCUCAAGCUGGAGCUGGACGACGUCAGCUCCGGCAUGGAGCAGCUCCUCAAGGCCAAGGCCAACCUCGAGAAGAUGUGCCGCACCAUGGAAGACCAGAUGAACGAGCACAGGACUAAGUCCGAGGAGGCUCAGCGGACGGUCAACGAUCUCACGACCCAGCGGGCCAAGCUCCAGACCGAGAACGGUGAGCUCUCCAGGCAGCUGGAGGAGAAGGAAGCCUUCAUCAACCAGCUGACACGAGGGAAGCUCACCUACACCCAGCAGCUGGAGGACCUCAAGAGGCAACUGGAGGAAGAGGCCAAGGCGAAGAACGCGCUGGCCCACGCCCUCCAGUCGGCCCGGCACGACUGCGACCUGCUGCGGGAGCAGUACGAGGAGGAGACGGAGGCCAAGGCCGAGCUCCAGCGCACCCUGUCCAAGGCCAACUCCGAGGUGGCCCAGUGGAGGACCAAGUACGAGACGGACGCCAUCCAGCGCACCGAGGAGCUGGAGGAGGCCAAGAAGAAGCUGGCGCAGCGGCUGCAGGAGGCCGAGGAGGCGGUGGAGGCGGUGAACGCCAAGUGCUCCUCGCUGGAGAAGACCAAGCACCGGCUGCAGAACGAGAUCGAGGACCUGAUGGUGGACCUGGAGCGGUCGAACGCGGCCGCCGCCGCCCUGGACAAGAAGCAGAGGAACUUCGACAAGGUGCUGGCCGAGUGGAAGCAGAAGUUCGAGGAGUCGCAGACGGAGCUGGAGGCCUCGCAGAAGGAGGCCCGCUCCCUCAGCACGGAGCUCUUCAAGCUCAAGAACGCCUACGAGGAGUCCCUGGAGCACCUGGAGACCUUCAAGCGGGAGAACAAGAACCUCCAAGAGGAGAUCUCGGACCUGACGGAGCAGCUGGGCGCCAGCCACAAGACCGUCCACGAGCUGGAGAAGGUCCGGAAGCAGCUGGACGCCGAGAAGCUGGAGCUGCAAGCGGCGCUGGAGGAGGCCGAGGCCUCGCUGGAGCACGAGGAGGGGAAGAUCCUGCGGGCGCAGCUGGAGUUCAACCAAGUGAAGGCGGACUACGAGCGCAAGCUGGCCGAGAAGGACGAGGAGAUGGAGCAGGCCAAGAGGAACCACCUGCGGGUGGUGGACUCGCUGCAGACCUCGCUGGACGCCGAGACGCGGAGCCGCAACGAGGCGCUGCGGCUCAAGAAGAAGAUGGAGGGCGACCUCAACGAGAUGGAGAUCCAGCUCAGCCACGCCAACCGCCUCGCCGCCGAGGCCCAGAAGCAAGUGAAGGCUUUGCAGGGAUGCCUCAAGGACACCCAGCUGCAGCUGGACGACGCGGUCCGGGCCAACGAGGACCUGAAGGAGAACAUCGCCAUCGUGGAGCGGAGGAACAACCUGCUGCAGUCGGAGCUGGAGGAGCUGCGGGCCGUGGUGGAGCAGACGGAGCGGGCCCGGAAGCUGGCCGAGCAGGAGCUGAUCGAGGCCAGCGAGCGGGUCCAGCUCCUCCACUCGCAGAACACCAGCCUCAUCAACCAGAAGAAGAAGUUGGAGGCCGACAUCUCCCAGCUGCAGACAGAGGUGGAAGAGGCCAUCCAGGAGUGCCGGAACGCCGAGGAGAAGGCCAAGAAAGCCAUCACCGAUGCGGCCAUGAUGGCGGAGGAGCUGAAGAAGGAGCAGGACACGAGCGCCCACCUGGAGCGCAUGAAGAAGAACAUGGAGCAGACCAUCAAGGACCUGCAGCUGCGGCUGGACGAGGCCGAGCAGCUGGCCCUCAAGGGCGGCAAGAAGCAGCUGCAGAAGCUGGAGGCCCGCGUGCGGGAGCUGGAGAACGAGCUGGAGGCCGAGCAGAAGCGCAACGCCGAGAGCGUCAAGGGCCUCCGCAAGUCGGAGCGGCGCGUCAAGGAGCUCAGCUACCAGACGGAGGAGGACCGCAAGAACCUGGUCCGGCUGCAGGACCUGGUGGACAAGCUGCAGCUGAAGGUCAAGGCCUACAAGCGGCAGGCGGAGGAGGCGGAGGAGCAGGCCAACGCCAACCUGGGCAAGUUCCGCAAGGCGCAGCACGAGCUGGACGAGGCGCAGGAGCGCGCCGACAUGGCCGAGGCCCAGGCCAACAAGCUGCGGGCCCGCAGCCGCGACGCCGGCCCCAAGAAGGGGCUCAACGAGGAGUGAGGAAUGCGCCCGCCCCACACCACCCGCCCCACACCGCCCGCCCCACAUUGCCCGCCCCACACCACAAUAA